AUGAGGGAAUUACCGUCGAAGGAAUCCGCUCUUUUCAAACAAAUUCUCGCAAAAACGUUAGCUAUGAAAGGCUUAUUUCUUAACCAUAUGGAUAAGAAAGAAGAUGCUCGAGAAUUCGUACGAAAGGGCCUCCGAUCUGAUUUGAAAAGCCAUAUUUGUUGGCAUGUAUAUGGAUUGCUACAUCGAUCCGAUAAGAAUUAUGGCGAAGCGUUGAAAUGUUAUACCCAAGCUUUAAAAAUCGAUAAGGAUAAUAUGCAAAUCCUUCAAGAUUAUUCUCUGCUUCAAAUCCAAAUGCGAAAUUAUGAAGCUUUUAAUGAAUCACGCCAUCACCUUCUACAGUUGAGGCCAAAUAAUCAAAGAUAUUGGUUAGGACUUGCAAUAUCUUAUCAUCUAUUGGAAAAUUACGAAACUGCUGAAAGAGUUUUGAAAAUUUAUGAAGGAACUCUUAAACCUGGUCAAACAAAUUACGAGCAUAGUGAAAUGCUGCUAUACCAUAAUCUUAUUAUAGAUGAAAGUGGUAAUACUGAAGCGGCUUUAGAACAUUUAGAAUCUAUCAAAGACAACGUUUGUGAUCGUCGGAUUUGGAAAGAAAAAAGAGCCCAGUUUUUAUUGAAACUUAACAGACUUCAAGAAGCAGAGGCAGCCUACGAAGAAUUAAUUAAUGAUAAUCCUGAUUGUUACGGUUAUUGUGAAGGAUUACAAAUAGCUAAAGGGAUUAAUACUAGUAUGUGUGAUAAUUCUAUAGACGACUUGACACCUGAGUGUGAAGAAAAAAUCAUCGAUUUGUAUAAAGAUCUAGCCCAAAAAUAUCCAAAGUCGAACGCGAUAAAACUAUUUCCUCUAUUAUAUACAACUGGCGAUAAUUUUAAGAUGUUUGUAGAUGAAUAUACACAAGCUGCACUUCGUAAAGGAGUCCCGUCCUUAUUUGUCAAUCUCAAAAAGCUUUAUGGCGAUCCUCAAAAAGAAGCUAUUAUCGAGCAAUUAGUUGAAGGAUACCGCGAAUGCCUGAAGAAUAAUAGUACCUUCACUCAACCUAAAAAUGAUGAUUAUGUGAAGGAACCACCUACUGCUUAUCUAUGGACCCUUUACUUGCUUUCCCAGCAUUAUGACAAUAAACGUGACACAACGAAGGCCCUUAUGUUGAUUGACGAAGCAAUCGAACACACUCCUACCUUGGUUGAAUUAUAUAUGACAAAGGGCCGUAUUCUAAAGCAUGGUGGAAACCUUAACGAAGCCAUGAAAGUGAUGAAUGAAGCCCGUGAAUUAGACCUUCAGGACAGAUUCAUUAAUUCGAAAUGUUCAAAGUAUAUGCUCAGAAAUGAUCAAACUGAAGAAGCAGAACAAACAAUCGGGUUAUUUACUAGGGGUGAUGCUCCCGAUCCAUUAACAGAUCUUGCGGAUAUGCAAUGUAUGUGGUUUGUCCUUGAAGAAGGUGAAAGCUAUAUAAGGCAAAAAAAAUGGGGAAAGGCUCUAAAACGGUUUCACCAAAUCGAAAAGCAUUUUUCUGAUAUAACGGAUGAUCAAUUCGAUUUUCAUACUUAUUGCUUACGUAAAGUCACUAUCCGGGCAUACUUGAGGCAUAUAUCAACAAAUAAACAAUCUGUCAAUAAAAUCUAUAUCGAAUUAUACGACAAUCCAAAUAAGGUCACUAUUAUUGAAGAAAAUGAAGACUACGCAAAUAUGACUGAGGGUGAGAAGAAGAAACUAAGAAGCAAGGCUAACAAAGCUGCUCAUAAAAAGCAAAAGGAAGAUGAAGAAAGAAAAGCAAAGGAAGAUGUAAAAAAAAAAGUUGAUAAACCUCAGGACGAUGAUCCGGAUGGUGAAAAGCUUCUUAAGACUGAAGAUCCUUUGGGUGAAGCAUUUAAAUUCUUACUUCCAUUGCAAGAACUGUCGCCAAAAAGGAUAGAAACACAUUUACUAGGAUUCGAGAUCUAUCUACGAAAAAAGAAGUAUCUUCUUGCUCUUAGAGCUCUUUUACGCGCUUACAAUAUAGAUAAAGAAAAUGCUACAUUGCAUAAUGAUAUAAUACGAUUCCAUUUAGCGGGUAAUAAUCAUCACUAUUUGCAACUUUGA